AAACUAUCUGUAGUUUGCAAGUUAAUGUAUCAUAGUUUUAAUAAAUUCUCAUGUGUUGAUAUAUAUACUAAAGUUAGUAAUUUAAAAGAGUUAUUUUGUGAAGUGGUUGGACAUAUUUAUAUUGUGUUUUUAACAAACAUGUGUAUGGGAAAAGACUACUGUGACUAAAGGACUUGUGAAACAUCGUUUACUAUAUGUGGUCAUUGGAUAUGGAGAAGAUUCAAAAAUUUUUGUUCUAUCACAACUUUACAUGGAUUUAUUCACAUUGGCGGACCAGAUAUUUCAUUGAGACAAAGAAUAAUUUGGGCUGUGAUGACUCUAGCUGCAUGGUCCACUGCAAUAACAUUUUUGUAUUUUUCUUUACAUAGUAGCACCUCAGAAACUUUAAUGGUUAUAGAGAGCACCCACCAUGGCAUUUGGAACAUACCCUUCCCUGCAGUAACAAUUUGCAAUAUUAAUAGAAUUUCCAGAUCAGCGGCGGUUAGAAUGGCCAGAAAAUUACCCAAGGACGUCUCAAUUGAAGAUGCAAUAAGAAUGUUACGGACUUUGGUGACAGCAUAUCAUUCUUUCGGCGCCAACACCACACAGGCAACAAAUGAUUUAGAGGAAUUAUUUGCCAUUAAUAAUAUCACUGUGGAAUAUGCUAUGGAUAAUUUAGCACCUCAAUGUAAUGAUAUGAUAAAACGAUGUAUGUGGAAAUCUAGUGAAGUAAAUUGCGAAUCAAUUUUCCAAAGAGUUAUGUCCAGCCAAGGAUUAUGUUGUUCCUUCAACUAUUAUGGACGCACACACAAUUUUGCACCGAAAUACGCCUACACUUUUCCCAAACAACCACGUCGAGUAUCAGCAAGUGGCUAUCAAACUGCGUUGUCUGUCUUGCUUCAGCCAAAUGUUCCAGAUUAUCAUACUACGUUAAUUUCAAGUUUUGGAGUAUGGGUUAGCAUCCAUGAUCCGUACGAUUUUCCGGACGACAAUGCCGAAACAAAAUUGGUGUCAUCCGAUGCGGAAGUAUACUUAAGUGUCACCCCGGAAGCGACGUAUGCCACAAAAAACGUGCGCGCCCUGAGCAUUAGGAAGAGAUUAUGCCUUUUUGGAGACGAAGUAUUGCCGGAACAAAAACCUGAAUUCAGAGUGAUGGAAAAAUAUUCUUAUCUGAAUUGCUUGAGUGAAUGCCGAGCACAAAUGGCAUUGGAAAAAUGUGGUUGUAUACCCUACAAUUUUCCACACAAUAAUAUUUCGCACAUUUGUGAUGUACCAGAUUGGGCUUGUUUGCGUAUGCAUAAUCAAUCAAUUUUUGGAUCAGUUCCUGGAAUGUUAAUAGAUACUAUUCUUCCAAAUAUGACAUAUAGCCCAUGUGGUUGUUUACCAGAUUGUGAACUUUUAGAAUAUCCUGCUGAAGGAACAUCUGGUGAAAUAUCUAAAGGCAAGGAAUCAAAUGUUCUAGGAUUAUUCAAGAAAACUACAUUCAAAGACUACAGUAUAGUACACGUGUUUUUUAGUGAUUUAAAAUGCACGCAUUUUCGACGAGACGUAGUAAUGAAUUGGCAUAGUUUGAUGGCAACAUGCGGAGGUCUACUGGGAUUAUUUGUAGGAUUCAGUUUUGUUGGAGGAUUUGAAUUUGUAUAUUUUUUCACAAUAAGAUUACUUUUUGAUAAAUACUCAAAAGAUUAUGAACAUAAUGAAUAUAAAAUUAAAAAGACUCAAGUAAAACAAGCCAUUACUAAGGAUGAUGUUUCCAAAUACAUCACAGAAAUGAAGAAAAGGAAACCUUUGAAAACCAUAUAUAAUGAUUUCAAUUAUUGA